GCAUACUCCGCGUCCGCUGUGCGACUGUUUUAUAUCGCUCUCUAGCAGCUUCUCCACAUCCACAGAGCACUUCAAAUUGGACACAUGCCGCCUGUCGACCUUGUUCCACCUGCGUGCUCUUCACAACACUAGAACCCCGACCUCUUGGCGAGAUGCAUUGGCUUCCAGCAGACGAAAAUGGCAACCUCUCCUAUGGCCAGUUACAGCUCGACAUUGUUGGUUUCCUGGCCAUUUUAGGUGAAGGUUCCGUACUAGCAAACGCCCAAAUCUCGACGCUUUCAAAAUGGAUCUUCUUGCCCCGGCUGCUCCCAGCGCCUCAGGCUAUGAUGAGGCCGACCAGGCCAGUCAAACUCGAGCCGUUCGCUGGCCAUGUGACGGGCAUCGUCUCAGGCAACCACCGAGACAAUAUCAACCAUAUUGGCAACAUCGUCUGCGAUGCUAACCACCUUGAGCCUUUCUCCGUCCGGGUCGUCGAGAUCAAGCGUGUCGGCGAACAACCUCUCAAAGCAAAGACGUUUGGCCCGCUCACCUUCGUAGCGCUUAUUGGCUUCACGCUGACCAUACUUCUCUUCGCCUUGUCAAUAUGGCAAAGAGACGGCAUGUCUCUCGUUGCGACCUUGCUCCUGUCGUUUCUCUCCAGUCUGAUUGGUAUCAGCAACAAAUGGGAGCUGCGACUUCCUGAACGUAAACACAAGCAUGGCAAAGUCCCCCGGGGGGAUGUUGUCAUCCGAUAUCCAAAAGGAAGUUUCCUGAUAGUGCGGUGUGAGGAAGACGUAGCUCGAGAGCUCUACUUUGCACCAGAGAGCAUCAACUACCUGAUAGAACACGCUCCGGUGUACAGACUGAUCAGUUUGAUCGGCACCAUUAUGCUCAUGGGCGGCGUCAUAUGCCUUGCCAAUGCCCAGAUUCAACUACAAAUUGCAUGGGCUGGCGCCUACAUGCUUCUUGGCGCCGCAUACUGGAUAGUGGCUGCGCUGCCUAGCAAGAUGCACUGGGACACAUCUUGCUACGAGGUUGUACCCGAGAGUCUCUCGGACUCGAACGAGAGAAUAAAAGGAUACCCUUCCAGGAACGAAACAUUCACACAGGCGCUCUGGAGGGCCAUUUGCGUCAGUAAAGAGACGGAUUGGGUGAAAAGAAGUUCGGCGUGUCCCGACACGGUAGCCUGGAGAGACUGGCUGAGAGAAGCCAAAGCCUGCAGCCAGGAUGUGCGGCUCAUUGACCAGCCGGGCAAGUUCGAAAAGGAAAUCAAGAUCUGGGAAGUACCUGAUUGGGAUCCGCAAGCGUCUUUGAUACGCCUGCUGGAUGACCAAGCACGCCGGGACCAGAAACGGUUCGACGGGGGGUUCGAAGACGUUUGACCGCCGCACCGCCAUUUGCGGUGAAUUCUUCUCAAUCCAUGUUUCAGAUGAGAAUUCCUUGCCUCUUUCCCGUUUUCGCAAUCUGCAUAGCCCUGCAAGGAAGGAAGGAAGAAAGAAGGAAAGAAGGAAGGAAAAAAACUUUCACCAUCCUGCGACGACACGAGAUCCCAACACACACGACUCACGAACUUUAAAAGGAACGAAAUAAAAAAAAACCCCGACAUCACGACCCUCGAUUACCACAAUCAUACCGAACACCACUUCAUUCAUGACGAAUAUAGCGCAUAUACCCUCUUUGUUUUCCUUGUCUAGUAUUUGGAUAUAGCAUUAUUUUGCGCUUGGGCGUUCGC